AUGGCUCCAGCGUCCAACACCGACAAGAAGACCCAAGAUGUGGCGGCGGCGUUCCUCUCUACUCUUCCUCCCUCGAUCACCACUUCCAUUUCACAGCAAGAGUCUCGGCGCCUUCUUUGGAAGAUUGACCUGAUCCUGAUUCCACUUAUCAGUCUUACCGUGAUUCUCGCCGCUGUCGACAAAGUCAUCAUCUCCAACGCCUCAAUCUACGGCAUGUCGACCGACACCCAUCUUACUGGCAAUCAAUAUUCCUGGGUCGGAUCAAUUUUCUACUUUGGCUACUUACUCUUUGAGUACCCCGCCGCUCUACUCAUGCAGCGUCUCCCUGUCGCAAAGUUACUCGCCGGAACAGUCUUUGCCUGGGCGGUACUUAUGCUCUGCACAGCAGCGACACAAAACUUCGCAGGUCUCGCAACAGUGCGCUUCCUCAUGGGAAUGGCAGAAGCACCGGCAUUCCCAAUCGCGUCUAUUCUGACCGUCAUGUGGUGGAAGACCAGCGAGCAACCACUCCGCCUAGCCUUCUGGUUCAACCAGCUCUCAUCCGUCUUCGCAGGGAUAAUCAGCUACGGGAUCGGCCAAACCGGAACAACGACCAUCGGAAACCCCUGGCGCCUCCUAUUCCUCGUCCUGGGCGCCGUCUCGGUAAUCUGGGCCGUCAUCGUCUACAUUUUCCUCCCCGACUCCCCAAUAAGCGCGUGGUGGCUCAGCGACCGCGAGAAAUUCGUCGCCCUCCAGCGCGUCAAAGACAACAACACAGGCAUGGAAGACAAAACGAUAAAAUGGCACCAGGUGCGCGAGGCCCUGGUCGAUCCCAAAACCUGGCUCCUCGCCCUCUUCGCCGUCGCCCAGAACAUCCCGAACGGCGGCCUCGUCACCUUCUCCGCCAUCAUCGUCAACGGCCUAGGCUACUCAAGCCUCAUCACCACAAUCCUGGGUAUCCCCACCGGCGUCCUCGCAACAGUCUGGCAGAUCCUCUUGGGUUUACUUAUCUCGUACCUCCCCAAAAAGUGGAACGCCCGCUGCGCCAUCAUCGCCCUCGCAGACCUAAUCCCCCUCGUCUGCGCAAUCCUAAUGUGGAAACUCCCCCGAGACAACAAGAACGGCCUCCUAGCCGCCUACUACGUCUUCUACACGUACUGGGCGCCCUACGUCCUCUGCACCAGUCUCCCCAUGGCAAAUACAAGCGGGCACUCGAAGAAAUUGGCGACCAAUGCGAUCUUCUUCCUCGCGUAUUGCGUCGGCAAUAUCAUUGGGCCGCAGGCGUUUCGGGAUAGUGAUGCGCCGGGCUAUGGGAGGGGGUAUACUGGGUUGCUGGCUUGUCUUGUUGUUUCGAUUUGCGCGAUUGGCGCGUAUGGAGGGUAUUGUUGGUGGGAGAAUAAGAGGAGGGAUGAGGUUGAGGCGGAGGCGGGAAUGCGCGGGCAGAGUGGUGAGGAUGAGGGGGGAGAGGAGUUUUCGGAUUUGACGGAUUGGGAGAAGGGGAAGUUUCGGUAUACGUAUUAG